GUGUUAGCCAGGGAACCAAUCAUUUUAGUGUGAGGCCACAAACCACAGAUAAGUGUUCGGGAGGACACACGAAGCUUGCUGACCUGAUUCCCCGCUUAUGCUACAUGCGUCCUAUGGGCCUAUCGCCUAUGGGAGUCCUCUGAGACCAGCUGCUGUGACGUUGACGAAAAGUCCAGCCGCUCUCCUUUUGGUGUGCUGUCCCUGUUGCAACAUGAAUAUCGUAUACCUGAUAGUAGUGCUGCUGCCUGCACUUGUUGUCGGAGACAACCCAUGCUGCUCGUUCCCAUGUCAGAACAUGGGCGUGUGUAUGAGGGAGGGGGGCGGGUACACGUGUGACUGCACCCGGACCGGCUACUACGGACAGAACUGCGAAACACCGGAGUUACUGACAGCGUUGGGAGCCGCAUUGAAGCCCAGCGAUGAGAUGAUUGACCACCUGUUAUUCAACUACAAGUGGCUCUGGCACAUCAUCAACAACACACAAAGCCUGCGAAACUUCCUUAUGAGGUUGCUAUCCAAACUCUCUGUGGGACAAGUAGAUAGCCCCCCUCUGUACCACACCGGCCAUGACUACACGAGCUGGGACACGUACUCGGCCCGGUCCUACUACACCCGCGCGCUGCCUCCCGUCCCCGCCGACUGCCCCACCCCCAUGGGCACCAAGGGCCCCAAGGAGCUCCCCUCCCCCGAGUAUCUCGCCGAGACGUUCUUGGCGCGCAGAACGUUCCUCCCCGACACGAGACGACGCACCAACGUGCUCUUCGGCUUCAUGGCGCAGCACUUCACUCAUCAGUUCUUCAAAACGGACUUCAAGAAAGGACCGGGUCACACCUGGAGCGACCAUGCGGUCGACAUGAGCCAUGUUUACGGGGAGACCACCGAGCGGCAGCACCAACUCCGCAGCUUUCAGGACGGGAAACUGAAGUACCAGCUGGUGGACGGGAUGUUCCCGCUCAGCCUGCAGACGCCCCCUGUACACAUGAUUUAUCCCAAUGUCCCCGAGGACAAGCGAUUCGCCCUCGGGCACGAGUUCUUCGGCCAUCUGCCGGGACUGUUUGUGUGGGCCACGGUCUGGCUGAGGGAGCACAACCGGGUCUGUGACGUCAUGAAGAAGGUCCACCCAGACUGGGACGACGAACGACUCUUCCAGACCGCUAGACUCAUUCUUAUCGGUGAGACUAUCAAAAUCGUCAUUGAAGAGUACGUACAACACCUGGCUGGAAACAACUUCCAGCUGGUCUGGGACCCGGAGCUGCUGUUUGAGGAGAGGUUGCAGUACCAGAACCGCAUAUCUGUAGAGUUUAACCACCUGUACCACUGGCACGUGCUGAUGCCGGACCAUUUCGACAUCAAUGGCACCAUGUACACCAUGGAGGACUACCUGUUCAACAACGACAUAGUCCUCAAACACGGGCUCAACGCCACGGUGGACGCUAUGUCCAGGCAGAUAGCGGGGCGGUUUGGACCAAGGAACAUCGGAGCUGUCAAUCAUCAGGUUGCCGUGGAAACCAUCAAGCAUGAGCGGAAACUGAGGAUGCAGCCGCUGAACGAGUACCGGAAACGGUUCGGCAUGGCUCCAUACAGGACCUUCCUGGAACUUACUGCAGGUGACGCAGAGAUGGCGGCGCAGCUGGAGGAGGCGUACGGAGACAUCGACGCUGUGGAGCUAUACGUCGGCUGGGCGAUGGAGAAUCCGAUGCCGGCGGGCAACGUCCUCAGUGAAAUGUUCGUCCGCAUGGGCAGCACGUUUUCCUUCACGGGCAUGCUGUCCAACCCCAUCUGCUCCCCGGGGUGGUGGAAACCCAGCACGUUUGGAGGGGAGGUGGGCUUCAACUUGCUCAAGACGACCACUCUGAAGGACCUGUUCUGUAGGAACAUGAACGGGCCCUGCGGGCUCGUCUCCUUCUCCGUGCCAGAAGACGUAGAGCCGACCGGGAUGCCUGAAGCUGUGGAGCCGGCCGGACUACCCGAAGCCGAGGAGCCGACCGGGCUUCCGACGGAUGAAGGUGCCUCUCAAGACAAACACACGUCUCAGAACCAAGAACUGUGAAGGGAUACAUGUGUUUGGCCUAGAUAUCAUACUCUGGCUAGAUAUCAUAUUCUUGUACUUUUAAAAGCCGCUUGCUUUUAAAAUGGAGAUAACUCGUAAUUUCAAUAGUCAACUGACAAUGAUUUUAGUUUACAUUUUCUAUGAUUUUCAUCUUAUAUAUGAAUAUUCGAUACCUUUCACUAAACACAUUGGUAUGAGAGGAGGAACGACUUCGAGAACCAAUAGAAGCGAAGUUUGUCAGAAGUAUGAAUACACAUAGUACAGGUUACCAAUAAGAUAUGUUAUAUUUCACACACAUGCAUGUGUUUCAUUUCACUACACUAGUACUUACUCUCUUCCUUCUACAUAAUAGAGCUGUUACAAUUUCCUUUGUCUAAACAAAUAAAGUCUCUUUAAAAAGCA